AUGAGACAAACACUUUUCGGUCGUUAUAAUCGUAGUUCAACAUGUGCAUGUGCCAAUGCAAUUAACUAUUUUGAACCAAUUACUGGUCAUACGUGUCAAACCUACAUUGAUUAUGGUUUCUGUAAUGGAACAAGCAUUGUCUCCGCUUCUCAUGUCAAUGUACCUCUAGCGCAAGAAGGCUGUUGUGCAUGUGGUAAAGGAAGGACAGAGUCGGCUGGAUAA